AUGCAGAGCCUCACAGGUGGGAGCCAGGCUCCCCUGGGCCUGCUCCUGAUCUGUCUGUGUCUGCCAGGCCUCUUCGCACGGAGCACUGGGGCACCAGAGGAGAAAGUCUCCACACAUUCGGGACAACCUUCCUUCACCAGCCUCUUCAACUCUGGACAGCCUCACCCCAAGCCAGACUCUGCGAAUAAUGAGUUACUAGGGGUUCUUCCGAGGCUCAGCGAAUCUCCACAAAAUGGCAUUCUACCUGAGGGAGACCCUGAGGUACCCAGCGGGCCUCCCUUCUGGGGGCCGCCUCCCUUCUGGGGGCCGCCCCUCAUGGAGUCCUGGCCGUCAGAGUACCUUCAGCAAUGGAUGGCUGCUGCUGCUGAAGACCAGUUAGAGCCAGUGCUGCCAGAAGCCCUGUCAUACCUUUCCAGAGGCGGUCCUCUGCCCGAGGCUUCCUCUGCACAUGUCAGGCAACCUUCACUGGAGGCUUCCUACCCUCAGGACUCAGAGCCUGGACCGCAGCUUGGUUCCAGUUCACUGGAAACGGAGGCAGAAGCCUUUGCCAGGAGCCCAUUCUGGUUUCUCGUUCACAAGCUUGUGCCUGGUUUAUCUGGGAAGAUCCUACGUCCUGGAACAUCCUGGGGAAGUGGAGGGGCUGGAACUGGGUGGGGAACAAGGCCCAUGCCAAAUUCUUCUGGAAUAUGGGGUAGCAAUGGUUUAGUAUCAGGCACCAGCUUGGGGGGUAAUGGUCGGUACCCACCAGGCAUCUGGGGGGGUAAUGGUCGAUACCCACCAGGCAUCUGGGGGGGUAAUGGCCGGUACCCACCAGGCAUCUGGGGAGGUAAUGGUCGUUACCCACCAGGUAUCUGGGGUGGUAAUGGUCGAUACCCACCAGGCAUCUGGGGGAGUAAUAGUCGGUACCCACCAGGCAUCUGGGGGAGUAAUAGUCGUUACCCACCAGGUAUCUGGGGUGGUAAUGGUCGAUACCCACCAGGCAUCUGGGGGAGUAAUAGUCGGUACCCACCAGGCAUCUGGGGGGGUAAUGGUCGGUACCCAGCAGGCAGCUGGGGACGUAAUGGUCAGAAUCGGCUUCCUCCAGGAGUCAGACCUCCUGGCUCUUCUGGGAGCACCCCCUAA